AUGUUCGACAAAUUGGAAAAUGACAUGGUGAAGUUGGAGACAGAGUUCGGCCGGAGCGCACGGGGACGAGUGAAUGUUAAAAUGAUGAUCGUGGACGUCAAAAAAUCUAACACGGAAGUAAUAUACCUACACAUAAUGAUUUAUAAUGCCAUGACUUAUUAUAACAUUACAUUUUUGUACAGCUAGCGAAGUUAUGGCGGGUCGUGACUACGACACUGGCCGCGAAUUUAUUGUUCAUUGGCAAGCCCCGGGUUGAGGUCAUACAACACCUUACCCUAUCAGAAUUUGAAGCGGCAGCCCGGGGCGAACAGACGGUGAUCUGGGUGUGUAAACACAAAUUGGGUGACAAGCAGCCGACGACGAUUGUCAUAGAUACUCCGAUGUUGGAUAUGAUGGAUAGGUAAGACUAUAAUCGCACGCCAGAAAAAAAUACCUUUCAUCGUACAUUGUGUUUGUUAAUAGAUAUUACGCGUUACGGAGACGGGUGGCGAAAGUGGACAUACCAAAUUUUUUCAUAACAAACACGGGCACGGAAGUACGAAAAAUCUUCGAUCUAAUCAAUGCGGAGUGUAAAAGAAGACAAAUCCGCCUGCCUAGAAAACCCGACGGGACAGAAGGGGAUUUCCUCAUGGUUUCGGGGUCGAUGUUGAGGAAGCAUCUGGAGACGGAGGGUCGCGGACACCGGCCCGAAGUCACCAAGGACGUAGCGUCGGCUCUCCAACACACGGAGUAUACGGCCAAACGCUAUUACCAUACUGCAACAGCAGACGAUGCAAUAAAACAAAAGGCCAUCCGUGUGGUGGAAGAGUCGACGGAAAUGGUUGAACAUAUUAUCGACAAGUAAAUUAAUUUAUCAAACUAUACAUAGUUAUUCAAAUAUAUCUGACGUAAAAUAUAUUCACUUUAGCUUGGGGCAGUUCAUGAGCAAUUCCGAUCCAUUCACUGAGACCCCGUCGUUGGAAGCAUUCAAGGAGAUGGCCGGGGAUCUUUUUCCAAAUGCGAAGGUGACGGCGAACGGAUACAAGAGAAUAAAAGCUGCUCACAACAAAGCCUUGGUCGAACCAAGGGCAAAAAUGUUGGCCGAAAAAGCAGUUUCGAUGGGCGUCGAAGGCGACGUGGGAAUCGUACAAUUGAAAAGUUUUGCCUGA